AAUCGUGCGCAUUGUUUGUGCGUCGUCAGCUUAUUUGCUUCUUAUUCGAAUUUUUUCACUGUUGUUUUCGUUUCGCUUUAAAGAACGCGUGCCGGCUGUUUAAAUAAGCUUAAAUUAAACUAAAUGUGCAUUUGGCUUAAGCAUUACUCGUGUUAUUUUUUUGUUGGUUUUCUGCGUUUCUUUUGAGUGCUGUGCCAGUGUUGAAUAAAUGUUUCAAAGCCCGCAAAAUGCAAUAGCAGUGUAAAAUUGUAAUGCACCUGCUGUGUCUGCAUAGUCAGUGAAGCCUGAAAAGCCAAAGCCACAAAAGUGUAAAGUGCACAACACUCGCCACCAUCAUCAACAUCAUCAUCAUUACGAAAAAGAAUACAAAAGCCAAAACAAAUAGCAAAACACCAACGAAAACAAAAACAAAAGACAGACAAAUUUGCAACUCGAGAAUUUCGCGCGUUGCUCGCUGCGCUCCAAUUGCAGAAGCGCCCAUUGUUGUUACUGUUCGUUUUUUUUUUUAAUUUUUUAAUCGUUGUUGUUGCUUUUUUUGGUGGCUGCCUUGGUCUUCGUCUUCUGCUGCCUAGGUAACCCACACAAAUGAGUUGCGCCUGAGGCAGUCGAAAGUUGUAAUCAGCAAGCGGGAAGCGGGAAGCGGGAGAGAAGAUGAUGAUGAUGAUGUCGACAUCGACAUUGGCAUCGACGGACUGCAGCAGCAGCAGCAUGCAGGGAUCAAGCACCAGCUCAGCCUCGAGCGAUGUCAUGACACUGACCACAACGGCGGCCUCCUCGUGGUGUGCGAUGCCAGCGAGCACGCGACUGCGUCUGGUUCGCUUGGUCCGUCCGCAUCAGCGUCGAUUGCUGGUGGUGCCGCCGGAGCGGAGUGCCAGCUAUGGAUUUGCUGUGCGUGGUGGCAAGGAGCAUGGCAUUGGCUUCUUUGUCUCCCACGUGGAGCAUGGCGGCGAGGCCCAGUUGAAGGGAUUGCGCAUUGGCGAUCAGAUAUUGCGCAUCAAUGGAUAUCGAUUGGAGGAUGCAGUGCACAAGGAGUUCAUUCAACUGGUGGCCAGCCAGGAUCGUGUCACACUCAAAGUGCGCGGCGUGGGCAUGCUGCCAGUCAAGGAUCAGCCGGACGAGCGCUUGUCCUGGAACGUGGUGAAGCUGCCCAGCGUGAGCGGCACGCCCUCCGAAAGCUCGUUCAAGACGAGCAACGAGCGAGAACGUGAACGCGACCGCGAUCGUGAUCGUGAAAGGGAACGUGAUAGGGAGAGAGAACGAAAUUGCGAUCGGGAGCGACGCAAUACGAGUCGCGACAUCAAUGUGGUGCUGCAUGUGGCGCCGCGCACCAAACUGGGCCUCGGUAUAUGCAAGGGACCCGAAUGGAAGCCGGGCAUCUUUGUGCAGUUCACCAAGGAGCGGAGUGUGGCACGCGAAGCGGGUUUGCGGCCAGGCGAUCAAAUACUCAGCGUCAACAGCAUCGAUUUCUCCGAUGUGCUCUUCAGCGAAGCCGUUGCCGUGAUGAAGGGCUCCACCAAACUGGAUAUGGUUGUCCGCACUGCGGCGGGUUGCGAACUCUUUCCGGGCGAAUCGAGUGGCUACAAUAGCUCAGCCAGUUCGGUGACGGGUGAUCAGAGUCCGUGCUGGGCGGAUGCGAAGUCGAAGCGUUUGACGGCGGUGCGCGAAGAGUCGUCGCAGCAACAGCAACAGUUGCAGUUGCAGUUGCAAUUGCCGCCGGUGAACAAGACGAUCAUCAAGCUGAGCGAGAAUGGCACCUCCAUCAACAACACGUAUGUGCAACAGGAGCAACAGGGGGAGCAAUCGAUUAGUCGCAGCACCACCAUACGACGUGGCAACAACAACAGCAACAAUAGUGUGGUUGCACCACCGCCACCAGCAGCACCGCUUGCCACAGACAACCACAACAGCAAUGCGAAUGUUGGCAGCAACAGCAGCAGCAGCUUGUCGAGUGCCAUAAACGAGGAGCUCAAGAAACGCAAAGAGAAGCUGCAACAGGUGCAACAGCGCAACAGUCAACAGGAGCGUGGAGCGAGCCGCAACGUUGCACAAAUGUCGCACAAACGUGAACGCAACAAUUCUGUUGCUGCUGCAGCGCCACCCGCUGCAACAUCAACAACAACAACAUCAGGUGGAGGAGGAGGAGGAGGAGAUCAGCAUACCGCGCUGAUGGAUGAAUUUAAGCGUGCGCAUCAGCGCAUGUUCAGGAACGGGUUCCAUGAGAGCGAGCACAAGGAACGCGGCGAGACGCUGAAACGCACUUCGAUAAUGCCCGAUGAUAGUUGCUAUCGCAACAACAACAACAACAACAGCAGCAGCAGCAGCAACAACAACAGCAACAAAUCGAGCAAUGCGAGCAACAGCGGAAGCAAUCGCAUGUCGCUGCUUAACGGCGGCAGCAAUAACAUUGUCAAUGGAUCGACGGAAUUGCCACCGCCGCCACCGCAGUUUGCCAAUCCACAGAAGAAGCAACAGCAGCAGCAGCAACCACAGCAACAACAACAGCAACAGUUCAAGCUGAGCUUAGCCAACGGCAACAGCAACAGCAACAUCAACGGCAGCAGAAGUAAACCUUCGACGACGACGACGUCGCCGCUGUUGUCGCCGGUGCUGCGCACUCCCAGCAUACUUGUGGGCGGUCUGCGUGCACCGGCCACGCCCCAACCGGACUACGAUGCAGCAGGCACAACAACAACAGCAACAACAAGUCAACAACAACAGCAACAGCGACGCACGUUGCGUUUGGGCACAGUGACGAUCGGAGAGUACGGGGAACAGCAGCGGGGAAAGAGAGAGACGCUGCGCAAGAUGCCAUCGAUUGAGGCAAGCGGCGGACAAUCGAAUGGCAUACUCAAGAAUGGCAGCAAUCGCAACAGCAGCAACUACAGCAACAACAACAUCAACAGCAGCAGCAGCAGCAACAACAGCAACAUUAAUGGACGUCAGCAGCAGCCGCAAUCGCAGCAGACGGAAAAGUCCAUUAAAUUUGGCAAUUGAUGCAACGUGCAACGUGGCAACGUGGCAAACUGUAAACUUGUGCAAUAUGGCAGUUUAGUUAAUACUAUUAUUAUUAUUAAUAUUAAUAUUAAUAUUAAUGCUAUUAUUAAAAUAAUUUGUAAUGUGUUUUUUUUGUGCGCUCUUUAAAACUACGUUUUUUUUUUCUCUGCAUUUUUGUUGAAUAUUUGUUAAUAUUAUUUAACAAUUAAUUGUUAAGCUGCUAAUAAUUAAUGUACGUAAUUGAUAUACUUAAUUGUACUUACAUAUCUAUUAUUGUAUAAACACACACAUAUAUAUAUAAAUA